UCCGUCCGGUAGCAGUUGUUGUCCCUGGAAAGGCUGAUAUCUGUUUUUUUUUUAUUUUGCCCCCCCGGCAGGAGAGACACCUCGCUUGUUUAAAGUGCGUCCACUCUACAAGGAGAAUAUCUGUGACACAUUACAAUGCUUCAAAUAAGGGACAUCAUCUGGGGAUUGCUAUUCAUUGGCUGUGCAGCCUCCAUCCAGGUGCAGAUCACCCCAACACAAGGAGAGAUCAGCAUAGGAGAGUCCAAAUUUUUCCUCUGCGAAGUGGUGGGUGUUGCUAAAGACAUAGACUGGUAUGCUCCCAGUGGUGAGAAGAUCCUUCCCAACAGGCCAGACAUUUUUGUGAGCCGCAGUGAUGAGAGCACGUCGACCCUCACCAUUUACCACGCCAAUGUGGACAGCGCUGGCAUCUACAAGUGUGUGGCAAAGAAUGGGGACACGGAGGCGCAGGCCACGGUCCAAGUGACCGUCUUCCAAAAGAUCACUUUCCAGAAUGCUCCGAGCCCACAGGAGUUCAGUGAAGGUGAUGAUGCCAACAUAGUCUGCGAUGUGGUCGGUUCACCACCACCCACCAUCAUUUGGAAGCAUAAGGGCUCCAAGAUCCAAGCUGCCAAAGAUGUGCGGUUCAGAAUAGCUAAUGGCCACCUGCAGAUCCGCGGCAUCAAGAAGACAGAUGAGGGCAUGUACAACUGUGAGGCCCGUGUCACGGCCAGGGGAGAAAUUGACUUCAGGAUGAUCAAGGUCGUUGUUAAUGUGCUUCCCACCAUCCGUGCCAGGCAGUCAGAGGUCAACGCUACAGCAGACAUUGGUAGCUCUGCUUUGUUGGCUUGUGAUGCAGACGGCUUCCCUGAACCCACCGUCACCUGGGCACAUAACAACGUUGUCCUUGAAACGGGUGAUAAGUACAGCCUGAAUGAGGAUGGUUCAGAAUUGGUAAUAAAAGACGUCAAGAAAGUGGAUGAAGGAGAUUACACUUGCAUCGCCAAGAACAAGGCAGGAGAGAAAGCAGAGGAAGUCAGCCUGAACGUGUUUGUGCAACCCAAGAUUACCUACCUGAAUAACAUGACUGCCUCGGAGUUUGACGAGCAAGUCACCCUGACCUGUGAGGCCUCGGGUGACCCCACACCCACCAUCUCCUGGAGUUUUGAAAACAAGGUGUUCGCUGAAGGACAGCAGGCUUCUUGGACGCGACCAGACACAUAUGAGAGCCUUGAUAGAAACAUUGUGGUACGCAGCCAUGCACGUGUAUCCUCCCUCACCUUGAAAAACAUCCAGUUCACGUAUGCCGGCCAGUAUCUCUGCACCGCUAGCAACUCCAUCGGUCACGACAGCCAGCACAUGUACCUGGAGGUCCGCUAUGCUCCAAAGAUCCUGGGUGUAGUGACGGCAUACACAUGGGAGGGGAACCCAGCCAACAUCAGCUGUGAGGUGGAGGCUCACCCAGGAGCCUCAGUCGUUUGGUUCAGAGACGGCCUCCAGCUGCCCACUGCCAACGUUACCAACAUCAAGAUCUUCAACACACCAACCAUCAGCUACCUGGAGAUUACCCCUGAAUCUCAGAAUGACUUUGGGAGCUACAACUGCACAGCAAGCAAUGUGAUGGGCACGGAGUCCAAGGAGUUCAUUCUUAUACAAGCAGAGGUGCCAGCAUCGCCAGAAAUUCAAAAAGUGGAACCCUUCUCGAGCACAGCAGUGGUAGAGUUUGAGGAGCCCAUCGCCAACGGUGGAGUGCCCAUUAUCAAGUACAAAGUGGAAUGGCGAAUGCCUGGCCAGGACUGGACUGGCAGGGAGUAUGAUGCUGAGGAUGACAUGAUCAAGAUCACCAUCAUUGGCCUGAAACCAGAGACCACCUAUGAAGUCAAGAUGUCCGCCAUCAACGGCAAAGGCGAAGGCGAUAGCAGCCCGGCCAGCACUUUCAAGACAGAGCCAGUCCAGUAUUCUUUCACAAUUUCAUCAGAGAUUCCACCCACUAUUGCUGCUACCAGUAUGGCCCGUAAAGGGGAACCCAGUGCUCCCAAACUAGAGGUCAAGGGCCAAAACAGGGGCAAUUCUCUUAAGGUCAACUGGAUCAAGCAGGACGACGGCGGUUCCCCCAUUAAACAUUACCUGAUCAGAUACAAGGCUAAGCAUGUAUCUGACUGGAAACCAGAGAUCCGCGUCCCCCAUGGCAGUGAAUAUGUGGUGCUGAGCGGACUGGACUGGAAUACAGAGUAUGAGGUUCACGUGGUGGCAGAAAAUCAGCAGGGCAAGUCCAAGCCUGGCAUCCUCUCCUUCAGAACAGCUGUAGAGCCCACUACAAUCCCAGACUCCAUGGACGGUGUCUCAGGCCUCGGCACUGGAGCCAUCGUAGGCAUCCUCAUUGUUGUCUUCUUCCUGCUGCUGGUGGGCGUGGACGUCACCUGCUACUUCCUCAACAAGUGUGGACUCCUCAUGUGCAUUGCUGUUAACUUCUGCGGGAAGGCCGGCCCUGGUGCCAAGAGCAAGGACAUUGAGGAGGGCAAGGCAGCAUUCACGAAAGAUGAGUCUAAGGAGCCAAUUGUUGAGGUGAGAGCGGAGGAGGAACACAUCCCAAACCAAGAAGGAGGGGGUCCCACUGAGCCCAAUGAGACCACGCCUUUGACAGAACCUGAGCCUGCUGCCGCAGACACCACCUCCACGGUGGUAAACUUGCUCCCCUCCACUGCCACUAACUCAGUUACUGAGAGCUUUAGCACGGCGCACAGCAGUCCUGCUAGCGAGAGCACCACGCUAACCACCAGCGCCUCCAGCCCAACCAAAGUGGCCCCUGCCAAGUCCUCCCCCCAAAACAGCCCUGUUGCCCAGUCCAGUUCGCUUAAAUCUAACACCCAGCCUGAUGUUGGGCCCCUGGUCGACCUGAGUGACACACCUAAAGUUCCCACCUCAUCCAACCCAGAACCCCCUGUCUCAGAGCCAGUCAGCCCACCCUCUGCUAAUGCCGAUGGCCCACAGAGCCAGUGUGACCCAGUCAAAGCCCCUGAGAGCACCCAGAAUAAGGAGUUACAAGUAGACGGCCCGACCAAGGAUGCCCCCAAUGCCCUGUGCACAGACUCGACCACACCAGCUCAAAAUGAUGGUAAGACUGUGAAGGAUGGUAACACUAAAGGAGAGACAGAAGUGAAGAACGCCACAGCCGAGGUGAAGACAGUUCCCAACGAGGCUCCCCAGAUGAACGGCAACGAAAGUAAAGCGUAAUUUCCUCGACCAAGAGCACCAGCAAGAAAAGGGUGGUUGGGGUUGGGGGGGGUGGUGGUAGGGUGUAGGUUUUUAAGGUUAAUCGAUGGGGGUCACAGUCACUGAAACCUCAAAGCAAUGUCACACACCACCCCAAUGCAUAAGAAAAAAAAACAACAAAAUCAACAGAAAAGCUAAAAAAAAAAAAAGAAAAAGAAAUCAUGGGUCUCUUUCUACAGUGUCUUCUGACCA